CAGCUUCUUGAAUCUGCUGCGAUGAAGCUCAAACACUGUUUUUUCGCUUUCAAGCGACAAGUUUCGCGCUCUCCCUUUUGCACCGAGAUAUUUGGUUCAAAAGUGAUUUGUGCAUCUGUAGAGGUAGUGGGCGGGACUGUUUAGAGAUUACAGAAUUUCAGCCAAUCAGAAGAGCUACUGAGCCAGUAGAUAUACGCCCCAAGCAGUUUUACGCCCCUGUUGUUCCUCAUGCGUCCAGUAGGGGAAGGCAGUAUAUUAGUAUAUGAGCCCAGUCAUUUAUAAGAACAGCAGACCAUAUCUAUAUGUAUGAUAGCAGCAGACCUUCUUGAAGCGAUACGGAUGAGUGUUCCAUCAAUAUUGUUCAUUGAAGAUCAGGAGCGAAUUGAUGUUAUCUACACUCAGAUGACUUCAAUUUUGGAUGGCACACCUACACACACCCACAGUGACCAGAUCAGAUUCAUUAUGGAUGUCCCUUUUCCAGAGUCCAUCAUCUGUGCUCUUGCUGUUGUGAAAGAUGUGUCCAUCUUGGAGGCUGAGGAGAAAUUCCUUCGAGGACCUGUCAUUGACGCAAGUGAGUGGGAUCACUUUGACCGCAGGAUAAAGAAACAAUUAAAGAAGAGUGGCAAACCAUUGGAGAGUCAUCUACAGGAGUCAUGCUGUUAAGAAAUAACCAAGUCAUGGUGUUAAUAAAUUUUUUUUGUGAACAACAAUAUUGUCUUUCUUUUAAAUGACCCUUGGAACUUUAGAAAAUUGUUAAAUUUUGUUGGUCUUCAUAAAAUGCUAUGUAGAACAUGUUCUGUUGCUGUAUAACGAGCAAUUGUGAAUUGUAAAGCAAAUAUUUCAUUUAGGAUC